CAGUAAUAGUAUCUAAACAGGAUGUUUUGUGUUUUUAAAGUAAUCUUAAUUUAAAAGUCUUUGUUUUCUUCGUUUGGUGAUUGCACUGUGGCGCUACCCCAAUACAUAAAAGAAGCGCACCUCUCUGAGAGCUUCUUGUAAAGGAUUGCUGAUUUGCUCCAAUGGGAAAGCUCGUUUCUGCCAACAAGUAUCAACUCGCUCAUGUGAUUGGCUCAAAGGCUGAGAAAUGGGCGGUACCAAGCAAGUUAGGUAGUACCGCUGAGUAUGAUUGACGUUGGGUUAUCUGUUUACCGCUUAAAAGGCGCUAUAAGUAAAUAGGUUCUCGUAAACAUUGAUAUUUCGCCUUUUUCUAGCUGAGAUACUGUCUUAUUUCUCUACAGUGAAAAGAUGCUCCUCCCUCUCUUUGAACACGGAGGUGGGGACGGGUGUUUAAGUCGUGGCCACUAGCCACUCCCUGGUGGCGCCUUGUGGGCUGGGAAACAGCAAGGAGGCGGGAGGAGUCAGGCAGGGUGGAGGAGAAGAGACCCCCCCACCCGCACACACACACGCACACAUACACACAUAGACACACACACAGGCUGUAAUAGCACUGGGAGGAGAGGUUGGUCCUAGUGUGGGAGGGCUUUUAUUACUGGGAUGUGUGAGGGGGCUGUCAGAGAAGCAGCACAUGUGCCCAUGUAAACAGGACAGAGGGUGGAGUCCAUCCUUAGACCAGGCCUGCACCCACCCAACUCUGUCUGAAGUCAAACAUGUUUCUGCACUUACACACAGAUGUGAUUCAUUUCGCUUAUUUAUUUCUAACAGUGCCUCCACACAAACACACAUCACGUCUAAUAAUGUAUCAGACUUUAUUCACCAACAUGCGUGCAAGGAAUUUGGUGCAGGAGCCAGAACAGACAAACAAGAUAGCAGUAAAAUGGAAAAAAGCAUGCUAAAACAAUUAUAAAUAUGUAUAAACAUUUUAAGAUAAUAUUCAAAUACAUAAAACAUUAUACACAACUAGCCUAAGUUUACAAGGAAGCAAUUGGUUCUGCGUGAUGGGUCACACAGUAUAUUUAAAGUGUGCACAGAUACCGGUAAUGUUGCCAGAUAAGUUCAGUGCAAUCAGCAGUUUAGAUUAACUCACAGUGCAAAUUUGGCUAUGUGCAACAGCAUUUGAGUGCAAUAUGCAUAACGUUCAUGUGAAAAGUAGGGAAUGGGAAUGUUUUGUUAUCAGCUGUCCAGUGCUCCAUGCAAAAACUCCCUUUGCUUCUUUUCCUUCACUCCACACUCUUUGGGUGAGCGAAAAACACAAUUUGGUAGCCAAAAAUUUACAUCUGUAAAAUGAUGAAAAAGUUGGCCUAUUUGCAUAAUAGCUUUCAUAAAAAAUAAUGCAUUAACAUAAGCAUCAGUCUUGUGAAUAUGCCUGAACAGCAGGUCACUAGAAAUAUCUUUAACUGGAAUAUUUAACAUGGAAAUGCCAGGAUUAGUGAGGUUAAAUCUUGAUUUCUUUAUAGGUUAUAGUGUAAUAUAAUAAAUUGCUCCUCGUAUGUGAGGAAAGAUGGUCUGUUGAUGUUUGGUACAAACCUUAAUUAUUAACAUAUUGUCUGUGUAGAGCAUUAUGUGAAGCAGAGGACCUAUAUCUGUGUGUGCACAGUUAUGUUCAGGUAAAUUACUAUUAGAUACUGUUUAGAAACAAGCUGCUUUAAUGGUUUUCCUGAAGAGAAAAGGCUUUAUUUGUUAUGUGAUUUAGGUGAGAUUAAAGACCAUUUCAGGUUUUAUAUGAUGACUUAAGGGCUACACUUUUUUAGUAAAAUGUCCUUCAUUUCUAAUGAGUUCUUCUGGUUGGAUGAUUAUGAAAAAUGUGAGUUUUGUUUUAGGUAGAACCUUUUUGUGGUCAAUUUUAUCUGUAGAGCCCAGAACAGGAGAAAAAGUUCUUUGAUUGCAGAUACGUGUGAGAAUUUAUUUACUUGUCUGACAAAUGUUUCACUGCUGCAACAGGAUUUUUGGUGUUUGUAAUGUAAUAAUGUAAAUGUGAAUGUUUUAUGUCCAUGUGGAUUGGGCUCUUAUAGGCCUGUGUGCAUGAGAAUAAAAUAAAUAAAUAACGUGACAUCUGGUAAGUAAGAAAAGUUGAUACCACUUUCUGAUGAGUCACGUUUUAUAAAGGGUUCAUAGGUCGCAAAUAAUGGCUUUAUUAAUAUUAAUAAAUUUUUUAUAGAUACAGUUAAAGCCAUUAAUAAGAAGAGUCUGAUUUUAAUUGAUAAAGGAUGAAGAGUUUCACUGUCUAACUGAGCCAAAAGCAAAAGUUAUUAAGUCAGUUAAUAAGUUUUUUAUAAAUAAAGAUUCUUACAUUAAGCCAAGUAUGCAGUUAUAAAUGUUGAAAAGUUAACAGUAUGAAUUCUGGCUCAGAUACUCUGCUAUGAAUAAACCUUUAAAAAUGCAUGUCAUGGGGGAGUUGCUCUGCAUAGUUUGCUUAUCUUAUAACGUUAUUAUUAUGUUUCCAUCACAUCUUUUGUAUAGUUAACCUUUACCUGCCUUUGACAUUUCCAGCAACCUGUUGAGUGUGUCUGGUUUUGUUUCUGCAGGAUGUGUCGCAGCUGCGUCCCACGCUGAUAACUGUUGUGUUUCAGAUGAGAUGCAAAGUCACUUCCUACAGUCUACUCUAACCCAUCCCCUGCGAUGAUUCAGCCCGCUGACAUGUCUAACAGCAACUUACCAGAAACUUGUAAUCGUCAAUUAAUCAUUGGAAACCAGAACAGGCUGGAUGCAGCUUGAGAAUCUGCUAAAGAUUGCAGAUAAGUUUCAGAUAUCUCAGCCUGCGACAACAGGAAACGAGAGAAAGAGCGCCAGUGCAACAGAACUGAAACCUGCGUCGAUGGAGCUUCAACUCCUCUGUGUUCCUCGGUCGUCUGUGAACUGAGGCGAUGGAGAGUCCGUCCUCCACAGUGAGGCGGCGAGCCUGGAUCAACAGCAGCCGACAGUGGCCCACAGUGGAGGAACUGGACCCUGAUGGACCAUUAGGCAACCUCCCCUCAGCCUCUACGGCAGAUGACGAUGUCUUUUCAGAUGGAUGCUUUGUAGGAAAGAUUGAGAACUGGCUACAGGGUUGUGGAUUGGAGGGAUGCUCAGAGAACACUAGGCAGCUGAGUUUUGAGUCUGUGCUGAAAGCCAACAACUUUGAUGAUGACCUGAGCCUUGGUGCUGAUGCUUGUGCGUUAAAUGGUGGAAAAAUUACACCUGGAGUUGGCCUCGCAAGGCAACCUUCCACCAAACGACAACACAGCAGACUCACCAGUACCCCUCGUCAGGGACUAUGUCUGCCGACACUGAACUUGGGCCACAGCAUGGCCUCCAGCUGUCUCUCCUCCUCCACCUGUAAAACCACGUCAAGUGUAUCUGAGGUGCUGCAGAUGUGUUCGGAGGAUGCAGAGGAGACUCUGUAUGAGUUGGGUUUUGGCUGUGAUGAGCCACAGGUCACUGUGCGCAUUCCUCCUCGAUUCUUCACCUUCCCCUCUCAGGCUCAGGGCAUAAACUUCCGCCUUUUCCUGGACUCACAGCUACGGCGGAUACGAGAGGAGGAUCCUAGCCUGUCUCUUGCUAGUCGUUUCAGACAAGUUCAAGUACUCACAGCAAUGGCCAACGCUUUCUACUCCCUGUACUCCCAUGUGUCUCGCACUCCUCUCCAGAAACUGGCCACACCAGAAUUUACCUUCUCCAUGUCUCCCGUGGAGAAGAUCGAACGCUUCAGGAGCUGCAUUCGCAGUGAGCCACGCUCUCCUGUGGAGAGGCUGAAGGACACCGUCUCCAAGAUGUGCCUCUACACAGGGUCUCCUCGAGGAUCAGACUCCACCUCGCCACAGCCCUCACCCAGGAAAAGGUCUAGCCUUCCUGAUGUUGUGGGUAUAGUCCUGGAUAAGGCCAAGACUAGGCCCACCAAGAAACUGGAUUUGGGGGAAUAUAAUCGGAGUCAUUCAGCUGUGGAUGUGAGGCUGGUUAUGGAUGUUGAUAAAUUCUGUAACGUUGAGCAAGACGAGCAAAUACAGCAGACCGUGGCGGACACAGACAAUCUUCAAAAUGGAAAUAAAAUCUGUCAUGAGAAGAUGCAGGACAGUAAACAAACAGAUAAUGUUGAUGCUGAUAAAAAAAUUAUCAAACCAACAGACUUUGACAGCAUGACUCACAGUAUAAGAGCAUCUCUAGCGUCAUCCAUAUCAGGAGAAACCGUGAUAGAAGCAGAUCAUCAGUUUCUUUCAUGUCAGACUGAGCUGGACUCAUGUUUGACUCAAAGUGACACAAGGACAGAUGAUCUAAAACCAGUUACCAAGGUUACAUUUGAUCUAAUCUGUCCGCCGAUAGUGGAGAGUGUACACCAGGCACCAUUCUCUCAACACACGCAAAGUGUGAAAAGAAACACUUUAUCUCAUCUCUCCAAUCGGACAGAACGCAUGGAUAGAUCAUGUCUUGUAUCACAGAGACACCACAUACAAAACAAGACUCAAACAUCUGUGUCUGAGCCUGACAAGGACUCACACAGAGCUGAUGUUGCCUCUUCAGGGGAAGCCACACAGGCGGAUGUAUCCAGAUCACUUCAUGUCCUCGACCCUGAUGGUAGCUACACCCAUUACAGCAUCACUGUGACUGGGUGGGAAGGUGAUGAAGUCUCUUCCUGUUCCUUGAACACACCCGAUUCCAGUCACACUUCGACUGAGCCACCUGUUGAGACUUGUGAAGAGCCACUUAGCGAGGACAAAAGCCGGUACCUCAAUCCACUGACUCAUCAGGCCCUGGGGCACAACUCCAAUAACCUACAACAGGUUAACUCCUUUGAGCUGGAGGAGGUGCAUAGUGCAGGAGAGGAAGAUUUUGGACAAUCAGAAACUACGAGAAUAACAACCUCACUGCUGGCCACAAAACAUCAAUACAAAGGUGAAGUGGCCCGGGGUGACAGCAUUCAGUCAGACAGCAGCGGCUACGCGGAUGAAGAAGUCAGCCCUGCGACCGACAGACAUAACAGAUGACAGGAAACCUGGAACUCCAUGUAAACACACAUCGAAGGAAUGUUUGUCACCUGUGGACUUGAGGACAUGAAUUUCCCAAGCUUAAGGAUUUGGAAAGUGUUUCAGACAAACGGACUACAUUUAAAGGGUGUCAUUUCAGAGGCCCUGCACUGAAGAAGCAUUUUUUUCUAUGAGAAAAGUUCAGGAUAUGCAAAGCAUAUAUUUUUUCACAGUGCUCAUACUGAAUACAGUAUAUUGUAAAUAAGUAAAGCUGUGUAAAAGCCUUGAUGACAUGCUGUGUUAACAUAAUUCAACUAGAAUGGCACCUUUGAUCAGAACUUUUCUUUGCAUUUUUGAUUCAUUAUGACAGUUCACAGUAAAAUUUACAAAAAAAAGUUUUAUUGGAAACAGUCAAUUUGACACAGAGCUCCGGUUUUAGUUCAUUGCUUUUAAAAACUGGGCCACAUUUUUCUUGUAACACCACAAAGAAGUCAAGUAUCUUGAAUUUAAUGUCAGCAUUGAUGUCAAUAGUAUCAGCACAUUAAAUUCAGUUAAAAAAAAACCAACAUAACCUCCGUGUUUCAAUAAUCAGAAAACAAUACGCUGUUCUGCCUUUUCAGAGAAUGAAGUCAACGUUACAUCAAGCACACUGUAGAGUGAUGUACAGAAACUCAGUCAGCCUACAUUGUGCAAAGGACAUUAUCUUUUCAAGUAGUGCAAACUCUACCAUUUUCAAUACUGUGACUUUUUUAAACUGUGCAAGGCAGUAAGUGACUACGGUACUGAA